CGACGUGUAAUUAACGACGUUUUAACCUUAAGUCGCCUUAAGUCGAACAUGUUUACUAUAACUCCUAUGCCCGGACGUCCUAUCGAUGUUGUGAAUAAUACUAUUAAGAUGUUUAGUACUAAGAGCGCUAUAGAGGAGAUCGAAAUAGAGGCCUUGCAGGAUUACUCGUACCACAAUGCCGAUAUUGACUAUGUUCUGCUAGACCCUCCCAGGCUUACCCAGGUUCUCAUCAACAUGAUCAGUAAUGCCAUCAAAUUCACCAGCUCGCAGCCGACGAGAAGAAUAUCAAUAGUCUAUGGUGCACAGAAGUACCGACCUCCCAGGAUCAGAACCAUUUUCGGGGACUUGGACUGGAUUGGAGCGCAAGACACCGAACGUGUAAAUCUAGCCCUUGGAACGCCAGACUCAGGCAGUGAGAAGCUCUACCUGUAUUUUUGCGUCCAAGAUACUGGUCGUGGAAUGACAAAGGAGGAGCAGGAGAAGUUGUUUCAGCGGUUCUCACAGGCCCGACCGAAGACCGACAUCGCAUAUGGAGGAAGUGGACUUGGGCUCUAUAUCUGCCGACAGCUUUCGGAAAAGCAAGGAGGCGGUGUAGGAUGUGCGUCUCGAAGUGGUGAAGGAUCAGUCUUUGGCUUCUACAUCCAGACCACGACUGUUAAAUUCACAGACCUUUCUGCAGAGCAGAAACUAGCAGACCCGGCUCCCAAGGCGAAACCCGUCAAUUCACGCCCAAAUCUACCACAACGCAGCUCUAGCGCUCCUCCUGAUCCGAAGCCAAACAAUUUUCACAUCUUGCUUGUAGAGGACAACUUGGUCAAUCAGAAAAUUCUGGCAAACCAGCUGAGGAAAGCGAAGUGCACGGUAAUCGUCGCGAAUCAUGGCGAAGAGGCCUUGAAUAUUCUGGAAGGUAGCGACUGCUGGCAGUCGCGAAGCGAUGACGCGGAGGCAGAGAAGAUCGAUUUGUUGCUCAUGGAUUGGGAAAUGCCUGUCAUGGACGGCUUGACAUGCACUCGCAAAAUCCGUGAACUUGAGAAUCAGGGCCAGAUUACCAGACGUUUGGAUAUCAUUGGCACGACAGCAAAUGUGAGACAGGAACAGCAAGAUCAAGCUAUGGAGGCGGGCAUGGAUUCAGUCAUGUCGAAGCCUUUUACAGUUGGAGAGUUAUUGCAGAGGAUACUGUGCUUUGCAGGAAGGUUGAGAAUGCUAAGACCUCUUGUUUUGAGCCUCGUAGAACACUAA